AUGGGGUGGAAGGAAGGGGGUGGCAGGAGGGUCCCCCUUUCCCCCCCAUUGGUUGGGGGUGUGUACGUGGGGGGUCUCACCCCUCCCCGUGCCUCCAGGAUCUCCAUCACGCGGGUCACGGCCGACAUCUCCCUGGCCAAGCGCUCCGUGCUCAACAACCCCAGCAAACACACCAUCAUCGAGCGCUCCAGCACCCGCUCCAGCCUGGAUGUCUUGGCCGAGGUGCAGAGCGAGACCGAGCGGAUCUUCGAGCUGGCCCGGACGCUGCAGUUGGUGGCCCUGGACGCCGACACCAUCAACCACCCGGCCCAGCUGGCCAAGACCUCCCUGGCCCCCAUCAUCGUCUACAUCAAAAUCACCUCCCCCAAGGUGCUGCAGCGCCUGGUGAAGUCCCGGGGCAAGUCCCAGGCAAAGCAUCUCAACGUGCAGAUGGUGGCCUCGGACAAGCUGGCGCAGUGCCCGCCUGUGAGUGUGCCACGCCCACCGUGGCCACACCCACCUUGA